UCUACCAUGUCCGUCUGCUCCAGUGACCUGAGCUAUGGCAGCCGAGUCUGCCUGCCUGGCUCCACUGAGUCUUGCACCGGCUCCUCCUGGGAGGUGGACGACUGCCCUGAGAGCUACUGUGAGCCCUCCUGCUGUGCCCCCAGCUGCUGCCAGUCCUGCUGCUGUGCCCCCUCCUGCUGCCAGUCCUCCUGCUGCGCCCCACUGAUAGGACAGUACAAUGUGGAAGCAGAAGUCAUUUAUGAUUAUAUGUUUAAGUCUCGGUUUUGGGGUGGCGAGCCUGUGCCCCUGAUUGGGACUGUCUCAAGUGUUUCUCGGCAUCUUCCCCCACCCCUGAGUGACCUGAGCUAUGGCAGCCGAGUCUGCCUGCCUGGCUCCACUGAGUCUUGCACCAGCUCCUCCUGGGAGGUGGACGACUGCCCUGAGAGCUACUGUGAGCCCUCCUGCUGUGCCCCCAGCUGCUGCCAGUCCUGCUGCUGUGCCCCCAGCUGCUGCCAGUCUUCCUGCUGUGCCCCCAGCUGCUGCCAGUCUUCCUGCUGUGCCCCCUCCUCCUGCCAGUCCUCCUGCUGUGCCCCCAGCUGCUGUGCCCCAGCCCCUUGCCUGACUCUGGUCUGCACCCCUUGCCAAUCAGUCUGUGCCAGCUCCUGUGGGCCUUCCUGCUGUCAGCCUAUGAGCUGCUCAUCCUGCCCCUGCUGUAGGCCCGUCUGCUGUAAGCCUGUGUGCUGUAGGCCUGUCUGCUGUAAGCCUGCAUGCUGCACACCUGUCUGCUGCAAACCUGUCUGUUGCACACCUGUCUGCUGCAAGCCUGUCUGUUGCACACCUGUCUGCUGUAGGCCUGUCUGUUGCACACCUGUAUGCUGUAGGCCCGUCUGCUGUGGGGCCGGCCCCUGCUCAUCCUCUUGCUGCCAGCCCUGUGGCCCCUCCUGCUGCAAACCCUCUUCCUGCAUGUCCCUCAUCUGCCAGCCUGUGUGCAAGCCCGCCUGCUGUGCCCCAGCCUCCUCCUCCAUGUCCCUGCUCUGCCGCCCUGCGUGUCCCCGCCCGGCCUGCUGUGGCACCUCAUGCUGCUGUUGA